AGUAGUCGCGUGUCCCCUGACGCUCGGUGAUUAGAUUACAUUUUUACAUUAAUACUAAUAGAUUAACAGAGGUGAUAUUGAAAAAUGAGCCACGUUGAACAUCUUUGUGACCGAACCGAAGCUUUACAACUCGACAGGAGGAAAACCAGAGAGGAACAACGCAAAGAGAAGAUUUUCAAUGAUAAAGUUCGGACGACAGGAGUUGAUAAAGAUGCCCUCGACCAACAAGUUAAAGAAAGAAGAGAAAAAGAGCAACGAGAAGCGGAUGAAUUUAACGCUUAUGCUAAUGACCUCAUGUGUGGAGAUCGUGUCGCUUGUAUCCUGGACCAGCGACAGAAGAAAGAUGAGCGCCUCCUGAAUGAAGCCAUCACACAGUUCAGACAACAGUUUCAACAGGCCAGCAGCAGACGUGAGUUUGAUCUGAAUGAUCCAGAGCUGCUGAAGAGGCAGGAGGGGAUGGAGAUAUUGCCCGGCCUGACAGGAGAAGAUCUGGCCUUGACGGACCGGCGAAGAAAGCAGAAGGAUCAGCUUAGAGCAUGGUGCAUUCAACAGCAGCAAGAACGAGAAGAAAGCAAACAACAUCUAAAACAAGAAGUGCAUCAGUAUGAUCAAAGCAGACUGUCUUUGGACAACCGAGCUCUUGAACUGCAGAAGAUGGAGGAGCAAUGCAAGAAAGCCGCAGCCGCUGCCACCAAAGACUUCAACUUGGCACUGGCUGCAGAAAUUAGACAGAGGCGUCUUCAAGAGCGUCGAGAGGAGGAGGAAAAUAACCAGACGGACAUCUUGAACCAGCUGAAUGGAGACCUGCUGACCGAAAACCCUGAACAGAGUGCUAGCGUGCUGGGUCUGUCUCGCCUCCGCAGGGACUGUUACAAGGGAAUGACCCCGAAAGAGCUCCAACACUAUACUCAAUACCAGCAACAACAGGCAGAGGAGAAGAAGCGUGCCAGCCUUCAGCAGCGGGAGAAGGAGAUGCAGGAGUAUAACUCGCGAAUGGCAUCAGCUCGCACCGCAUUGCUGCUUGAAAGACAGCAGGCACGUGCCAAUAAGGAGCUGCGCAGGGCUUUGGACAACACCAACACUCGGCUGGCCCAGGACCACGAUGCUCAGCAGAAACAUCUUCAGGUGGUUUACACCAACAUUCCCGAAGAUCGCUAUUUUGCCCAGUUUAAAAGCAGCAAUAGAUAAGAAUGACCAUCAGUAAUGCCGAGCAAAUGCAGGACAAUUAAACAUUUGACAUAAAUUGG